AUGAGUGCUAAUGAAGCAAUGGCCAAGCGCUCGUUGCUUGCUGUGAUUGCCGACGAGGAUUCUGUCACGGGCUUGUUAUUGGCGGGCGUGGGCCAGGUCUCCAACGAGCCAGGCAAAGAAGCCAAUUUUCUUACUGUGGUGCCCGGGAAAACUUCCGAGGAGGAAGUCGAGGAGGCGUUCGACAAAUUCACCAGUGAGAGAGACGACAUUGCCAUUUUGUUGAUCAACCAGCACAUUGCUGACUUGAUCAGACACAGAGUAGACUCGUAUACGAAGGCGUUCCCGGCCAUUUUGGAGAUCCCGUCAAAAGACCACCCGUACGACCCGGAGAAGGACUCCAUCUUGAAAAAAGUCAGGCGUCUUUUUGGCGAGUAG